AGUGUUAUCUUCCCUGCGGGGCAGAGAUUUACUGUAGCUCGUAAAUACAAUGUGAAAACUUCAUUCCCAACCACUCGCCAUCCACUGCUGCGCUCUGUCUGCAGUGCUGCUCAGCCACUGCUGCACAACGAGAUGAAGCGCAGGAAGAUUGCCAUCGCUGCUGGGCUUUGCUUUUCAUUCUUCCUGGGGACUUUGCUGAAUUUAUUAUGUAUCCCCGGCUUCGAUCAUCAUCAUCACCACCACCACCACCACCACCAGCAGCAGCAGCAGCAGCAACAGCAGCAUCAAGGGGCUGAGGAGCGAGUGGAGCAGCAGCAGCAGCAGAUUGCACCGUCGUUACUUUUCAACCGGGUGACCAAACGGGACCUGCUGAGGCAGAUCCAAGAGAGGUACGAGGAGGUUGUCCGCUACCGGGAGCUGCCGGUCUCCUCGGCGGCAGCGGGGAGGCUGACCAGACCGUUGGAGAGGCGCCUGAUGGACCUGACACAGCACAGCUUCCCCGACCCACUGCAGGCGCAGCCCCAACAUCAGCAGCAGCCGCAGCAGCAACACCAGCCCCCGAGCCCCGGCUCUCAGGGCGACGCGCCGAUGGCCGGAGACGGUGAAAACAAGUUACUCUCCAACACGCCAGAGAACAACUUUCGGCUCCAGUCGCUGUCUCUGAGCUGUCAAGAUAUCAAUAACGCGAGCAACGUCCAUUACUUGGGCUCCGGCUACACCAAAGCCGUGUACAGAGCCGUCCUGAACGAAACAUUGGCGGUAGCGUUGAAAUCGGUAGAUUUUGGAGGACACGACAUGGAAAACUGUGCCAAACAGUACGGGACACUGGAGGACUGCUACAGACUGGCGUCCUACAAACUUGUCAAAGAAAUGACACUUUUACAACGAUUGCAACACUCCAACAUUCUCAAACUCUAUGGUUACUGUUACCAGGACAGUAAUGACAUCCCAGACACACUAACCACUAUCACAGAGCUUGGGUCCCCAUUGGAGAUGAUUCAGCUUCUACAGACCUCUUGGGAGGAGAGAUUCCGAAUCUGUUUGAGUUUAAUCCACCUCCUGCACUACCUGGCUCAUUCUCCUCUGGGCUCUGUGACAUUGCUGGACUUUCGCCCUCGCCAAUUUGUAAUCGUUGAUGGAGAGCUGAAAGUGACGGACCUGGACGACGCCAGCGCCGACGAGACGCCCUGCUCAAGCACCACCGAUUGCUUCAUGGAGUUUCCCGCCCGAAAUUUCACGUUGACCUGCUCGAUGAAAGGGAGGUGCCACAGCAUGAACGAAAAGCGGAACCUCUACAACGCAUACAGAUUCUUCUUCACUUACCUCUUGCCGCACAGUGCUCCCCCAAGCCUCAGGUCUUUGCUGGACACAGUGGUGAAUGCUACAGGGGAGUUACACUGGGGGAUAGACGAGACACUGGGUCAGCUGGAAAAAGUUCUGUACCUAUUCAAGAGUGGUUUGUACCUGCAGAACACCACAAGAGGCCGGGUCUCGGAAUACAAGCAAUUGUCCGAUGUCUCUGUGCCGGAGGAGAAUUACAGGUGCUGGCCGUCAUAUCACCACGAAGGGUGUUUGCUGUCUGUCUAUGACCUCAACGAAGCCAUGGAGAUCUGUGAUAGUCACUCUCAGUGUCGUGCCUUUGUCCUGACUAAUCAGACCACGUGGACGGGCCGGCAUCUUGCCUUCUUCAAGGCCAGCUCGAAUCGCAUUGUGCCUGAUGAAGAGAAAAUAACCUACGUCAGAGUGACUGAUUGAUCACAGGCCAGUAUCGAGACUCAGCAGCAUGGGUCUGAAAUAGACUUGGUUGGUUCCAACAAAAA